AUGGCUAGAGAGGUUGUGUCGGCAGUUGUCCGAGUCGGCGACAUUUCUUACUACAUCCACCCUUUAGCUCCUUCUGACUCUCACCUUGACACACCGACGUUUGACCGCGAUACGGCUGCCGAAGCGUGCACCAUUCUUACGAUUGAUCAUCACUUUCCCAACGCGGCUGAGCUCCAAACCAUCUUGGAUGAUUUCAGCACCAAAGAUGACGUCUGGUCGAGGGAUUUCAUUGGGACCAUAAUAGUCCAGACAACCGACAUCGAUCUUGAACUCACAGAAAACGACAGGGAUAUUCUUCGCAGCCUUGGAGCUAACCAUAUACGUCUCUUCUACAAUGGUGCAGCGGAAGUUCAGCUUCCCCAGGGUCCUUAUUUUGUGCAUCACGGUCAACUUUACCAAGCCUAUCGGUUGUACCCAGAUACUGCUGAUGCCUUUAUAGUGGCCACAGUCCCAGAUGAUGGAGAUGGCUUUCGAUCCCUGGGUGUUUCUGCGUACGGAGAACAGUUUCCAUCAGCUCUCACUGUCGCCGUACCCUCUCGCCUAUAUUACACCAACUCUUGUGAGAAGCCGUACGCGGGCUUGCGCAUAGCUAUAAAAGACAUUAUAGACUUGAAAGGGCUCAAGACUGGAGCUUCCUCGCGUGCCUACACCGAGCUCUAUCCACCCAAAACAGAAAGCGCGGAAACAGUCAAGCGGCUCAUCGACUUGGGCUUUGUCAUAGUUGGAAAGCUAAAGACUACACAAUUUGCUGACUCAGAAUGGCCAACGAGUGACUGGGUCGACUAUCAUGGACCUUGGAAUCCGCGCGGAGAUGGCUAUCUCACGCCCAGUGGAAGCAGUGCUGGCAGUGCUUCUGCCGUAUCCACGUAUAAGUGGCUUGACAUGUCCUUGGGCACAGACACUUUGGGGAGUAUCAGAUCUCCUUCCGCGGCUCAGGGAAUUUUCGGAAUGAGGCCCACGCUUGGAGCCGCAAACACCACCGGCUUAGUGCCGUACAGCUCCAAUUGGGAUACGAUUGGUGGAUUUGCCCGAACGGCAACGGAGUUCAAGACUCUCGCGCAAGCACUAUACGGCUCGGCGGAAACGCAGGGCAAGAUUUACGAGAAACCAACUAAGCUAAUCUACUUGACCGACUACUGGCCAGUUAACCAUGAAGAAAGCCAAAUGGUCAUGGAAAGUUUUAUCGUACGUGUUGAGAAGUUUCUGGGUGUAAAUCGUACGAAUAUCAAUCUCGCAGACACAUGGAAAAGAACCCGCCCAGAAGGGGCCGACGAAUCCAUCAGCAGAUAUUUUCAUCACGCCUUCGACUGGUCUGCCAACCGCGACCAGUGGACAGGACUUCUUAAACCGUUCAUCGAAGAAUACACGGAUAAGAUGGGUAAACCACCUAUCCUCAACCCCCAGGUUCGAUUCAAAGUGGAAUAUACACCGACAGUAACAGAGAAGCAAAAGGCAGAGGGUGAGAGACUUCUCAAGACAUACCACGACUGGUUCUAUGAGCAUAUCAUGCCGCCUACCAAGGAUGGCUACUCCAGCAGCAUCAUCGUUCUCCCUUGGACAAAUGGCGAGCCAAACUAUCGGGAUACGUAUAAGAUGGGGCCACAAGAGUUUACAGGCCAAGGGUUCUUUUUUUAUAAUGUUGGUCCUUAUGCUCAAUGUCCAGAGCUUAUUUUUCCUGUUGGCUCUACGCCAUAUGACUCAAAGUUCACGCAACGGGAAGAACAACUUCCUGCCGCUAUUGGAUUCAUAGCUGCUAAGGGCAGCGACAUUAUGCUAGCUGAUUUCGUUAGUAAACUCUUCGAAGAUUCAUACGCUGUCAUUGAAUCAGACCAAGAACAAGCCCGUCUUGUUUAG